CAAACAAUAACAAAAACAAGAGAAGGAAACUGCAUGACGUGAGAAGAGUCAGGCGCAGAGAAGGACAGUCAGGCAAGCAGUCAGGCAGGAAGGUCACCCUGGAAAAGUCAUUGGAUGGACGCUUAGGAUCACGUGAAAUUUUCAAUAGCCGUCAUCAUGGCACAAAGGUCACAGGUUAUCCAGCUGUAUAAAAAUCUUCUCUACCUUGGCCGCGAGUACCCCAUGGGGUAUGAGUACUUCCGUGAGAAGCUCAAGAGAGCUUUCAUGAAGAACCGAGAGGUGACCGACCCUGAGCAGAUCAAGGUCCUUAUUGGUCGUGGGGAAUUUGUCAUCAAGGAGAUCGAGGCAUUGUACAUGCUCAGGAAGUAUAGAACCAUGAAGAAGAGGUACUAUGAGGACUAAGCAUGAGAAGAAAUGCCAAUGCAAAGAUUGAGGUUGCUGUUGAUAGACGAGAUAGAGAAAAAUAAUCAGGAAGACAUUCUGAAGAGAGCCUUCUUAUUUCUUGUCAUAAUAUAUAGUUAUGAUGAAGACUUAAGAAGUAGAAGAAACAAAGAGAAUGUGUGCUAUAAGGAUUGAAGAAGGUGAUAGAUGCUAAAAGGAAAAGGAAGAAAGAAAAUGACAUUGUUAAGCAGAGUAAAGAAAAAGACAGAGAGAUGAAAAGACUUAGACCAACAUAAAGGAUAGCAAAGGCUUCUAUGGAAAAGUGAAAAAAGAGAUUGAGGAAGAAAUUAUUAAAAGGAACCUUUUUUCUUAGCAUAAUAGUGUUGUUUUUUUGUAGGGAUGUAGCUUAUAGUAGACUAAGAAUUGUUCACUCAUGUUCCCCCACAAUGUGUGCUUUCUGUAUACCACUGAGAAAAUGUUUUCAUAUUUGUAAUACGAUUUUAGAAAUAAAACAUCUUCAUUGGCUGUGAA